AUGUCCAACUCCCUCCUCAAAGCAUCUUCUCCUCCAAGCACAUCCGCUUCAGCCGCUUCCUCCGCCAUCCCGAAACCCCCGAGCAGGAAGGCAAGUCGGGCUUCCAGCCUGUCGACCUCACAGCUGCCGCCGGUCAAACCUGAACUCUUGGACGCCGCUCGUGCGCCUGCUACUCCAACCGCUCAGCCACCCGCUGCAAGCGCGCGUUCGUCGCAACCUCCACCGCCGCCGCCGCAGCAGCCGGGUCCUCCAAGUCUCACCAUCCGCGACACUGAAGCAGCUUGGGCCGAAAUCGAGAAGCAAGACCUGUCUGACGUUGAGAUUGAGGUGCCGGGCAUGGAAGCCUUGCGGAAAGAGUAUGCUGCAAGGUCACACAAGCGCACUCUGGAGCUGGAAGUCACGGAGAGCAUGAAGCGGAAGAAGCGGCGAUUGGAUGUUAUUCAGAAAUAUUACAAUCACUUCAACGAGGCUGCGGACGCCGAACGACAGGCGUUCAUCGACGCACAUGAGAACGAGGUCGCGGAAGAGGUGCGGAUGAAAGAGGUUGAAGAAGAUAAAGAGCGAAAGAAAGACCAGCAGCGCAAGAGACGGCGUGAAAAGGCCAUCGCCGAUGCACAAAUUGAGCGACAAGAGGCCUUGGACAACCUUGCUGCGGCCGACAAUGAGGAAGACCGAGCGCGUCUCGAAAAAGACAUACAGCGAUUCGACAAGAAGAUCCGAGAUACAAACAGUCGAUUACAAGGCAUAGACCCGGCGAAAGAGGCCAAGGCGGAGAAUGCUGCCAAUGCUGCCGCGUUGGGCCGGAGGGAGCGAGAAGUCGCGAUGGACGGCGGCCUCAUGACCUCCUUCUACACCAGCAACGCUGACGGGCUGGACGAUGCUACUCCAGAAUAUCCCGCAACCACUGCACGUGGUCGUGCUCGCGCGGCUAAGGGCGCUGGGAAUGGUCGCGCGCGAAAGAGCAAGGAGCAAAAGCAGGCCGAGAAAGACUCGGCUGCUCGCGCUCAAGCCUAUCUUGAUCAAGGCCAAGAGCUCCCACUCAUCGCGCCCAGAGAAGAAGAGCGGUUGCAAGGCUUGUCUAGCCGCCGUCAACAAGACCGUGAAGACUCCGAGUUGUCCGAUGCAGCUGGCGCUCUUGACAUGCAGCCCACCGCCGGGCUCACGGGCAUGGCCAAGUUCGAAAGCAAGGGCUACAACCAGAUCUACGAGCAAAUCACCCGCGACCACGCCAAGAACGUGGCAAAGGUUAUGAGGGUCAAGAACAGUAGUCUGGACACCAAACAAUCCAACGCGCGCAAGACGGCGCAGCUUGCUUCGAAGGAGGCGCGGAGGUGGCAGCUGCGGACCAACAAGAGCACCAAGGACGUUGCUGCCCGAGCCAAGCGUGCCAUGCGAGAGAUGCUCGGGUUCUGGAAACGGAACGAGAGAGAUGAACGCGAAGGUCGCAAGGCUGCGGAACGACAGGAGCUCGACAAGGCGAAGAAGGCGGAAGCCGAGCGCGAAGCGAAUCGACAGAGGAGGAAGCUCAACUUCUUGAUCUCGCAGACCGAACUGUACUCCCAUUUCAUCGGCAAGAAAGUCAAGACGGAUGAGAUUGAGAAGUCCGGCGUGGAUCAAGACGGCGUUGCGCCCACUGCGCAGACGAUCCAGGAUACCGCUGGUGGCAAGGCUAUUGACUUUCCGGAUCCCAGUGGCUCACUCAAGGACAAGGUCACCAACUUCGAGGAUCUGGAUUUCGACAACGAUGAUGAAACAGCGCUGCAGGAGGCUGCCAUGGCGAAUGCACAGAAUGCCAUCAAGGAAGCUCAAGAUCGCGCUCGGGCCUUCAACCAACAAGGUGAUGGACCGGAUCUGUCGAAUGCUCAGGACAGCCUGGACGAUGGCGAGAUGAACUUCCAGAACCCGUCCAGUCUGCAAAGUAUGGACGUGGCGCAGCCGAAGAUGCUGGAUUGUCAGUUGAAAGAGUACCAGCUCAAGGGUCUCAAUUGGCUCGUGAAUCUGUACGAGCAGGGCAUCAACGGUAUCCUCGCCGAUGAGAUGGGUCUGGGCAAGACGGUUCAGUCCAUCUCCGUCAUGGCAUAUCUGGCCGAAGUGCACGACAUUUGGGGUCCAUUCCUCGUUAUUGCGCCUGCGAGUACGCUCCACAACUGGCAACAGGAGAUUACGCGAUUCGUGCCGGAUAUCAAGGUCCUACCGUACUGGGGCUCUGCCAAAGACCGCAAGAUCUUGAGAAAGUUCUGGGAUCGCAAACACAUCACGUACACUCGCGACUCGCCCUUUCAUGUCUUGGUGACAUCGUACCAGCUGGUCGUGCAGGAUACGGCCUACUUCCAGAAAAUCAAGUGGCAGUACAUGAUCCUGGACGAGGCGCAGGCGAUCAAGUCUUCGCAAUCAGCACGCUGGAAGAGCUUGCUUGGCUUCCAUUGCAGGAAUCGCCUCUUGCUCACCGGCACGCCCAUUCAGAACAACAUGCAGGAGUUGUGGGCUCUGCUUCAUUUCAUCAUGCCUUCGCUGUUCGACAGCCACGACGAGUUUUCCGAAUGGUUUUCCAAGGACAUUGAGAACCAUGCUCAGUCGAAUACCAAACUCAACGAAGACCAGCUCCGCCGGCUGCAUAUGAUUCUCAAGCCCUUCAUGCUGCGACGCAUCAAGAAGCAUGUGCAGAAGGAGCUGGGCGACAAGAUUGAGGAGGACGUCUUCUGCGACCUCACGUAUCGACAACGCGCGUACUACACCAGUUUGCGUAACAAGAUCAGCUUGCUCGAUCUCAUUGAGAAGGCGGCCAUUGGCGACGACCAAGACGCUGCUACGCUGAUGAACUUGGUUAUGCAAUUCCGCAAGGUGUGCAACCACCCCGACUUAUUUGAGCGCGCGGAGAUUACGAGUCCAAUGUCCAUGUCGUACUUUGCGGAGACGGCGUCGUUCAUGCGAGAAGGCUCUUUCGUGCAAGUCGCGUAUUCGGUGCGCAGCAUGAUUGAGUACUGGCUGCCGCGUAUGCUUGGAGACGAUGGAGGCAGGUUGGACAUCGCUGGGCCUGACAAUGUCAAGGCGGGCUGGAGGAAGCAGUGGCUGAAUACAAAUUUCAGCAUCUGGGAUCCGAGGAACAUGCAGCAGAGUCAGAAAGGCAAUGGUGCCUUCUCUUGGUUGCGAUUCGUGGACCAAUCAGCUGGUGGGAUUGCCGAGUUGGCACGCAAGACGCACUUUGAACGUGCUGUCGACCUUGCUACCGACAAGAACUGGAUGGGCCGACUGCAGGUUGCAUACGACGAUAACAAUGAGAAGGAGAACGCGGGCUUUACGCCGGUGCACGCCAUGCUCAAUAUCGUCAAGCGCAACGAUCGCAAGGCUCUAAGCGAUGUCACCAACGACGGUUAUCUGCAUCAGCUCAUGAACAUCUCGCGGACGUCUAUCGAGGACCAAGGCUUCAACGUCAUCGAGACGUCCUACUUCCCUGCUGCUUCCGCGCCGCCCAUCGAACUCGUCUGCCCGACGGAGAAGUCUCUCGUCGAGAAGGAGACCACCUUCUUCAACGUCCCCAUGCGCCGCGCACUCUACCCCAUCAAUCUCAACACCGAAAGCGCGCUGCUCCAUUCCUCGCUGCCUCCGUCGAAAUACCCCGUCACCAACCUCCUGCCCCCACCCGCGUCCCAAAAGCAACGCUUCACCAAAAUCCAAGUGCCCAGCAUGCGCCGCUUCGUCACCGACUCAGGCAAACUCGCGCGGCUCGACCAACUCCUCCGCCAACUGAAAGAGGGCGGCCACCGCGUCCUCCUCUACUUCCAAAUGACGCGCAUGAUCGACCUGAUGGAGGAGUACCUCACCUACCGCAACUACAAGUACUGCCGCCUCGACGGGUCCACGAAGCUCGAAGACCGCCGCGACACCGUCGCCGCCUUCCAGUCGUCGCCCGACAUUUUCGUCUUCUUGCUUUCCACCCGUGCCGGUGGGCUGGGAAUCAACCUCACGGCCGCGGACACCGUCAUCUUCUACGACUCCGAUUGGAAUCCCACGAUCGACUCCCAAGCCAUGGACCGCGCGCAUCGUCUCGGCCAGACGCGGCAGGUGACGGUGUACAGACUCAUCACGCGCGGCACAAUCGAAGAGCGCAUCCGCAAACGCGCCCUGCAGAAGGAAGAAGUGCAGCGCGUCGUUAUCUCGGGCCAAGCAGGCGGCGGAGAUCGAAUUGUCGAUUUCAACAACCGCGGCUCGCGCGAGACGAAUCGCACCAAGGAGAUGGCGAUGUGGCUUGCGGAUGAUGAGGAGGCGGCGCUCAUCGAGCGGCGCGAGGCGGAGGUCAUUGAAGAGGAGGCGAAGGGGAGUGCGGCUCCUGGAAGCAGUAAGAAGAAGAGGAAGAGCGCGCUGGCGGGCACGAAGAGGAAGGAGUUUAGUAUGGAUGAUAUGUACCAUGAAGGCGAGGGCAAAUUCGAGGACGCGUCGCAUGAAGUCUCGGGCGCCGCGACGCCUUUGUCGUCUGUUGUUGAUGGCGGAGCGGGUGCAGGAGGCCCGCCGGCGAAGAAGAGGAAGGGGUUGAGUAAGAAGGCGAAGACGGUGAAGCAGCGGCUGGCUGUUAUUGAUGGCGAGGUGGGCUGA